UUUUUCAUCACAGUGAUCUAAUUUAAUAGCACCGUGAUUAAUAUUUUUCCAGAUAUAUAUUGUUAUAAUAAUAAGCUAUUGAUAUACUCAACUAAUUUUUUAAUAAAUUUAACAAAAAAAAUUAAGUUUCAAGUAUUUGUUGUUGUUGAACAAAAUGGAAAUUUCAUGUGAUUCAUAUUCCGAAAAGCACAAAAUAAUUUAUAAAUGGAAGAUUCAUGAAAUAAUACCAUUUAUUAAGUCUACUAAAAAAGAUAAAGAUCUAGUAGAGCUUAACUCAUCAAACUUUACUGCAAAUGACAAGGCUGAAAAUUUAUGGUAUUUACAACAGACUAUCAGAAAAAAAAGAAUGGAUAUCAUUAUUCUUGCGUCGAAGUAAUGGAAAAAAUAAAGUAAGAAUAAAGUGUUCACUAUUUUUUUUAGACGGCAAAAAUAAAAAAGUAAAUCGGACAAAUUCCUACGUAAGUUACGCCUUGGAUGAUGCGUACGGAGCGGAACAAUUUCUUGAAAUAAAAGAGUUACUGGAAAAGGAAGAUGAUCUUAUACCAAAUAACACCUUAACUGUAGGUGUUGAGAUGACUGUUUUUGACGAUUACAGAUCAUUUACUACUGAUUAUCCGUUGAAAAAACGUCAGCGUAAAAUAACUGAUGAUCUGAAAGAACUCUAUGAAAGCAAAACCAACAGUAACGUUAUUUUCGUUGUGGGUAAUGAAAAAUUUAAAGCUCACAAGUUCAUACUGUCAACUCGAAGUCCUGUAUUUUCCGCAAUGUUCACCCAUGAGUUGAAGGAAAAUAGAAACAGUGAGGUUGAUAUACCUGAUAUAGAUCCGGAAAUUUUCAAUAAAAUGCUAGAGUUUAUUUAUACCGACGAGAUAAAUAAUUUGGAUGAGGAUGCUGAGUCUUUAUUAGAAUCGGCUGAUAAAUAUCAAUUGCUGAACCUAAAAAGUUUAUGCGAAGAAUCGCUAUCUAAGUCAGUCAGUAUUGAUAAUGCGAUUGAAUUAAUGAUUUUAGCAGAUCUGCAUAAUGCUGAUACGUUACUGGAGUUUAUUUUUGAAUUUAUAAUAAGAAAUUUCAAAGAUGUUGUUAAAACUUCAGAGUAUGAAGUAUUGGAUGAAACUAAACCAUUGUUAUUAUUAAAAUUAUUAAAAAAACAAGUAGACUUGAAUGAAAAUUAAUGCUUCAAGAAAUAAAAAAUACUUGGUAUAAUAGGAGCUAUUACCGAAAAGGACUCGGUUAAUGAGAGGACAAGAUUGGAGUAGAAUGACGUAUGAAAACUUUGAUAUUUUAUUUUAAAGAGGAUUAAUACGUGUUUCGUAAAUCUGAUAAUUUUUAUUUUUAGAAAAUAUACUUAAUAUACUGUCAUUAAAUUAACAAUUGGAAUAGAUAUUGUAGUGUGAAUAGCUUUUAAUUUUUUUCCACCACUAAGUAUAAAUUAAUUUAUAUAAAGUAACACUAGUUUAUUUGUAGUUUUUUAAAUUUCCAUCAAAUGUAAGAUGAAAAAAUUCCUCAGUGACGAUUGUCGACUUGUAAAAAUUUUUUUACUUUUGUAUCUUUUUUUUUUUCAAUGAAUAUUUUCAAACAUGUAAUCAAAUUGUUUGGAACCAUAUUACGUAUUAUUUAAUUAAUUCUUAUCAUCCCAAAAUUUAAUGCGAAUUAAAUACGUACAUCAAAAUUGACAUCGAUACCUUAUUCCCAAAAAUAAACAGAAAAUGAUCGUACAGUUAUGUCAUAAUCAUCGUCAUUAAACAUAUCGCGGGGGUGAAAAACCAAUGUGCGAGAAAAUAAUAAAGAGUAAAAGUAAUUAGUUCAAAUUCAUUUUGAAUUGGAAUAUUCCAAUAAAUUUUUGUAUGGUUAAUUUUUAAAAAUUUAUCUCUUAACGUUUGUUUGUAUACAUUGUGUUAAGAGUUUGUUUAAAUUCGAAGUAAAUGCACAAAAACUAAAAUAAUUUUUACCAAUAACUUUAACUGG